AUCCAGGCUUAGAGUUUGUUCGCGUCCCAGCAAGACGAUGAGCGCCAUGGUCGAGCAACCGCCGAAAAAGCAGCAGAAGACCAUGCCGUCGAGCGUCGUCAUCCAGCUCCAGAGCACGGCCGGCGACCCGCUCGGCGCGGCCAUGGAGGUGCCCAUGUCGAGCUCCCCGGCGGAGCUGGAGAAGCUCGUGCACGCUUUGAAGAAGGCCGAGGGCCAGGACGGCCCGUCGACGCCCUACGCCUUCUACGCCGACGGCCAGACCGCCGUCGCCGGCACGCUCGGCGAGUACGCGGAGCAGACGCCGGGCUUCUCGGGCGAGACCGCGCUCGCGGUCACGUACGAGCCGCUGAGCGUCUUCCGCGUGCGCCGCGUGAGCCGCUGCGCGGAGACGCUGCCGGGCCACAGCGACGCCGUGCUCCACGUGGGCUUCGCGCCCGACGGCAAGUCGCUCGCGUCCGGCGGCGGCGACGCGACGGUGCGCCUCUGGGACGCGCUGUCCAAGACCCCCCGCGCGACGUGCGGCGGCCACCGCCACCACGUCCUCUGCCUGGCCUGGGCGCCCGACGCGUCCAAGGUCGCGUCCGGCGACCGCAGCGGCGAGGUGCGCGUCUGGGACCCGAAGACGGGCGCGAGCCUCAAGACGCUGAAAAAGCAUUCCAAGUGGAUCACGGCGCUGGCGUGGAGCCCCGCGCACCUGCCCCAGCCCGCCAGCGCCGAGGCCUGCGAGGUGCUCGCGUCCACGUCCAAGGACGCGUCGGUGAAGAUCUGGAACACGCGGACCGGGUCCAUGAUCGCGUCGCUGACGGGCCACACGGAUUCCGUGGAGGCGCUCGCGUGGGCCGGCGACGGCGCGCUCUACAGCGCGUCCCGGGACCGCACCGUCAAGGUCUGGCGCUGCCGCGAGGACGGGAAAUGGGGGUCCCUGGCGCUGGACGCGACGCUCCAGGGCCACGGCCACCGCGUGAACGCCCUAGCGCUCGCGUCGGCGUUCGUGUGCCGCACGGGCCCGUUCGACCACAAGUCGGGCAGGGAGGCCUUCAAGGCGACGUCGCUGGCGGCCGUGGAGGCGGCGGCGCGGGCGAAGUACGACGCCUUCGUCGACGCGAACGGCGGGCCGGCGAACGCGGAGCGCCUCGUGUCCGGCUCCGACGACGCGACGCUCCUGUUUUGGACGUCGCUCAAGGCCGACGCGUCGAACAAGAAGCGGACGCCCAAGGCGCGCCUGACGGGCCACCAGCAGCCCGUGAACGCGAUCCAGUUCGCGCCGGACGCGCGCAAGUUCGCGUCGGCGUCCUUCGACAAGAAGGUCAAGCUCUGGCACGGCCGCACGGGCGCGUUCCUCGCGACGUUCACGGGCCACGUCGGCGCGGUCUACGCGCUGGCCUUCUCGCCGGACUCGCGGCUGCUCGUGUCCGCGUCCAAGGACUCGACGCUCAAGGUCUGGAACGUCGCCGACGACGCCACGCUCCCGGGCCACUACGACGAGGUCUUCGCCGUCGACUGGGCGCCCAACGGCGCGUCCGCCGCGUCCGGGUCCAAGGACCGCACGAUCAAGAUGUGGGCCUCCUAAUACUUACCGAAGUCGCUCACGUGGCUCGGCUCG